CAUAUAUACGGACUGGGUUACAUGUUGUGACAAAUAUAAGUCAUUUUUAUUCCUAAUUAUCGGGAACAUCCCAUUCAUUAUCUUUGUUGGACCAUUUUCUCCGCUUAAAAAAAAAAUCCGAUGUUUUGGACAACACUUGAAAGCAGCAGCAGCCACCACCACAUCAGUGACGUCAGCGCGUCACGUUCACUGUCGUGUUUGUAAACUUCCUGGGGAAGCAGUAGCAGCUGGCAUUUCUAGCCAAAUGCAAGGCGACUAAAUCGACACAUAAUUUAAAAAAAAAACAAAUGACAACGUAAAGUGAAUUAAAUCUGUUGUCUGUACAAGUUAGUGACGGUGUUACCGCGAGCAGCAGCCAUGAUGGCGUCUAGUUACAACGCUAAAGACGAGGACGGACACAUCACCGUGACCGGGCCCGGGGGAGGCUCUCUGCGGGGCAAGAAGCCCGAGAACACGGCGUUUAAACAGCAGAGACUCCCCGCAUGGCAGCCCAUCCUCACGGCGGGCACCGUCCUGCCUGCCUUCUUCAUCAUCGGACUCAUCUUCAUCCCCAUCGGCAUCGGCCUGUUCGUAACGUCCAACAACAUCAAGGAGUUUGAGAUCGACUACACAGGAGUCGACAUGUCCAGUCCGUGUUUUAACUGCUCCCAGAACUUCAGCUGGAACAGCACGAAGCCUUGUACCUGCACAAUACCCUUCUACCUGGACCAGCCAUAUGAAAGCAACGUCUUCAUGUAUUAUGGCCUCUCCAACUUCUACCAAAAUCACCGUCGCUACGUCAAGUCAAGAGAUGACAGCCAGCUGAAUGGAGACAUGGAGUCUCUCAAGACACCCAGCAAGGAGUGUGAGCCAUAUGCUUAUCAUGAAAACAAGCCAAUCGCACCGUGCGGAGCCAUCGCCAACAGCAUGUUCAACGACACCUUGGAGCUGUUUUACAACGACCCAAACGGCACAAAGGUCCAGAUUCCUCUGACGACUACUGGUAUCGCCUGGUGGACGGACAAGCAUGUGAAGUUCAGGAACCCUGGAAACAGCCCAAACCUCACAGCUGUUUUCCAAGGUACGACGAAGCCGGUGAACUGGCGCAAGCCUGUGUACGAGCUAAGCAGCGACCCAAACAACACCGGCUUCAUCAACGAGGAUUUCAUCGUCUGGAUGCGAACCGCCGCCCUGCCGACCUUCCGCAAACUCUACCGCAUCAUCAGUAAGAACAACAACAACAUGGUUCCAACUCUCGCCCGCGGAAACUACACUCUGGAGGUCGUCUACAAUUAUCCUGUUCGCAGCUUUGAGGGCAGGAAGCGGAUGAUCCUGAGCACCAUCUCCUGGAUGGGGGGCAAGAACCCGUUCCUGGGCAUCGCUUACAUCACAGUGGGCUCCGUCUGCUUCUUCCUGGGCGUCGUCCUGCUGAUCAUUCACCACAAAUACGGCAACCGCAACAACAGUGCCGACAUCUCUAACUGAGACACCGGCUGUAGUGUAGUUCACCUGCACUGCGGCAAACAGUGAUCCUGUGACACAUCAGACAUGUAAACUUUCAUCUGGCUUUUCACCUGGAGUUGUAGAUGAAUUUAAAAAUAAUAUCCACUUGAACUUCCUCAGCAGUCAAACAUUAGUUUUCUGGUUUAAAAUCUCUUUGUGAUGGCUGAUUAUUUGCCAAAGUGAAUGAAAAAGUAGUCAAAAAUCAGCAGCCACUGUCAAUGUCUUAUCACUUUCUGUAGAUUUUUAAUCCUGGUAACAUUAGAAACCAUGUAGCUGGGUAUCAGACUGAUGUGUCACAUGAUCAACUGCCUUAAGAGUCAAAUAUGAACUCAAGAGAGUUCCUGUUCAGGCCUGGAAAGACUUGAAAAAGACUUAAUAAAAGACGUUUCAGGUCUGUAAAAGUUUGGGAAUCACAAAAAAGUUAAAUUUUGGGAUUUAAACAACCUCAGUCCCACAAAUACACAAAAAUAAUACUUGGUGGCUGAUUCUGGUAGCUUUUAAGAUGUAGUCAUCUCAAAUUUGACUGAUUUUAGGUCACAAACCAAAAUUAAUAAAGUCGGGAAUCAGGAAUUUGAACUCAUGCCCUUAGUACUUCUAAAAUCAUGGCUAUAGCUGUGGCUGGGACGAAUAUAGUCAAUAAUAUGUGACCAGUUUCUAAAAUUUCAUACUGAGAAAACUGCAAAUAUUCAAUGAAUUAUAGUUACUAUAUUGGGGAUAUAACAGGUGUUCCACAGGGCUCCGUACUUGGCCCACUUCUAUUCUCAGUGUAAAUGCUCCCACUUGGCCAAAUGAUACAACAAUGUGAAUUUUUAGAGCUUUGCAGACGACACACCUGAUCACCCAAACAGUCAACAUGAUCAUUAUUGGAGUUGAUUAGAAGAAAGACAUUUUCUAUCUGAAGCAAAAAGCUUGAUCAUUUUUCCAGAGUCUUAACCAAAACAAGUAAACGAGAGCCUCGCGAACUUUCCGGACCUGUGUAGGAUCUCUGAUGUGUUUGUGCAGUUAAGGUGAAUACUACUUCUACUACUACUAAGUCUUGAGUUGCAUGCUGGGUAUCAGAGUUGUAAGUGUGAUCACUGAGCUGCUCGAGUGGCUCAUCUUUGUGCCUCGUUUCGUCUGUAACGUCAACACGCUUUCAAACUAAUAUCAUGCUUUUACUGAGUCAUAGCACUGAAAAAACGUGCCAGAUCCACGUGAGGAGGAACAUUAAAACUGACAGUUUGGAAGCUGUACAAAUGACAUGUUUAUUUUUUUUGUAUUUAUUUGACUGUUUUAAGAAAUGUUUGCAUUGUUAAGCCAGUAUUUGCACGCCAGACCUCAGGGGUUGCAGAAAAAUGUACUUUUCAGUGGUGUCGCAGCUUCAUUCAUUGUUGUUUACGUGCAAUAAUAAUAUUAACGGAUUAUCAAUACAGCAUGACUGAUCAGUAGUACAUUAAGAUUCAAUACAAGUGAUUAAAUGUUUAUAUGUUUGCCACUCAACAUUUACACUACAGAGUGAAUCUAACAAGUAGUUUAACACUCACAUCCUGCCAUUUUCAGCUGUUUAGAAGCUGAGAAACUAACAAGCUUGUAAAACGGACACUGCAUGUUGAAAUGUACUGAGUAAAAAUGUGUUGUUGUUUUUUUUUCUUCGUACAUUUCAUCAAGAUAAAUUGUAAUAAAGAGAUGCACUUGAUUUGACUUUUGUUUUUGAUACUCCAUCUGUAAUUGUAUUGUUGCUUUAAAAGAAUAAAUUUGUCUUUUAAAAAUUAAA